CGUAAAUACACCGAUAUUGCAUAUCAAAUAUCCCUAAUUUAGCGUGGUCUACGUAGAGCCGCACGCGGUAAUCUACCACUUCUUCUCGAGACGCACAACGUACUGUGCGUCCAAAGCUCAGUUCAAUGGCGCAAAAUGGGGAUCAUGUGAACGGAGGAUUCGACCCCUCUCCGGAGUCUGGCAAGCCGCCGUCCGAUUCAGAUAUGCCGGUCAAAGUAAAGCCGGAACUGGAAGAGGUGGAUCCAAAGCUGGCAAACCGACCAAAAUGGGACAACAAGCUAGAAUUCCUCAUGUCCUGUAUUGCAACAUCCGUGGGUCUCGGCAAUGUGUGGCGGUUUCCCUUCAUAGCCUACCAGAACGGAGGCGGCGCUUUCCUUAUACCCUACAUUAUAGUACUGCUGGUCAUCGGUAAACCUAUGUACUACCUGGAGACAUCUCUAGGACAGUUCAGCAGCGGUAACUGCGUCAGAGUAUGGGCUCUAUCACCUGCAUUCAAAGGUACUGGGUACGCGCAAGCCUUGGGUGCAGGCUAUGUGUUAUCCUACUACGUCUCCAUAAUUGCACUAUGUCUGUACUACUUGGCAAUGAGCUUCCAGUCCUCCCUACCAUGGGCUGUUUGCCGUGACGAAUGGAUCCCGUUGGGAUGCGUGCCUUCAGGAGAAUCCGUCAAUCUCACCGAAUUCGAAGGAAACGCAACCAGUAGCUCCGAACUUUUCUUCACACGCACUGUUCUCCGACUAUCCGAUGGCAUUGAGGAUGGACUUGGAAUGCCAUUGUGGGACUUGACACUAUGUCUAUUAGCUUCGUGGGUCAUAAUCUUCCUCAUUGUAGCCCGUGGAGUGAAGAGUUCAGGAAAGGCAGCAUAUUUCCUAGCCCUUUUCCCCUACGUUGUAAUGUUCAUAUUGCUCAUUCGAGCCACGACAUUACCCGGUGCAGGCAAUGGCAUUUUAUACUUCAUAAAUCCUGUAUGGUCUAAGAUUUUGGAAAUUAAUGUGUGGUAUGCGGCAGUAACCCAAGUGUUUUUCUCUCUAUCCGUGUGUUCUGGUGCUCUCAUUAUGUUUGCUUCCUACAACAAUUUCGAGUCGAACGUUUACAGGGAUUCUAUGAUAGUGACAACUUUGGACACGUUUACAAGUCUGAUCUCUGGUAUAACCAUCUUUGGAGUGCUGGGCAAUCUGGCACAUGAACUUGGAUACGGUGAUGACAUUCAGAAAGUUAUCGGUACUGGUGGCACUAGUCUUGCCUUUGUCUCAUACCCUGAUGCUAUUGCCAAAUCACCUUUCGUGCCACAGCUGUUCGCGGUGCUGUUCUUCCUGAUGAUGGCCGUACUGGGCGUGGGCUCGGGCGUCGCUCUUCUCUCGACCAUCAACACUGUCCUGCUGGAUGCGUUCCCCCGCGUGCCCGUCAUAUACAUGUCACUCGGCGGUUGCAUCAUUGGCUUCCUCAUUGGACUCAUUUAUGUCACACCGGGUGGACAAUACAUUCUUGAAUUGGUAGAUCAUUACGGCGGCACUUUCAUGAGACUGUUUGCAGCCAUCGCUGAAACAAUCGGUGUUUUCUGGAUUUACGGUCUCGAAAACAUGUGCUUUGACAUAGAAUACAUGUUGGGUAUUAAGACUUCUUGGUACUGGAGAAUCUGUUGGUCUGUAAUCACGCCAGUUCUGAUGAUCAUCGUAUUUAUGUACGCCAUGAUCCAAGCCGAGCCUUACAAGUUUGCUAACACAUACACAUACCCAAGCGAGGCUUACCUGGCCGGCAACCUGCUUCAAUAUUUCGGUAUGGCUUUGAUUCCGAUCUUCAUGGCAGUAGCAUUCUGGAAGUAUAGAUCUAAUUCUUGCGUACUGACUGUAAAACGUGCCUUCGGCAAGAAGGCAACUUACGGGCCUGCGGAUCCCGUAAAGCGUGCAGACUGGAAGGAACAACGACGAGAAGCUAAACUUGAUCGCGAACUCAAACGCAAGAACUGGUUCCACCACAUCGCACUGAGUCUUUUCGGCGGAUACCGCAAAAACGCAUAAUCUAAUUAGUGUAUCUCCAAAAGUACCUUAUACCUAACAAUAAUUUAUUAAAUAAGUAAAUCUGACAAAUUA